GUUAGUUAUUAGUUUUAUGUUUUUGAAAGUUCUUUGGUUUGGAAUGUGUGUAUAAUAUUUGCAUGAAUAAAACAAGCUGAUAACUUAGCCUACAAUGAAACUAUUAUAUUAUGAGAUCAUAAAAGUAUCCAAGAAAUAAUUAACGGUAGCCUACGUUUUGUAUAAUCUCCCCAUAACUCAGACUCACAAUAAGUUGUAUUCUUAGGCUAUGGAAAACUACAAAAUAUUAUGUUUGGUCGGAGAAGGAUCCUUUGGUAGAGUGUUUAAAGUAAAGAAAAGAGAUACAAAAGAAAUAGUGGCAUUGAAAAUAAUAAGAAAAUGUGGAAGGACACAAAAAGAACUGACUAGUCUUCGAAGUGAGUGUGAAAUCCAACAACAUCUCCAUCAUAGGAACAUAAUUCAGAUGAUCAAUUCCUUUGAAACUGAGACUGAGAUUGUAGUUGUCACUGAAUUCUGCAAGCGUGAUCUUCAUUAUAUUCUGUCCAAGCAAACGUACCUAUCAGAAGAAGUAGCCCUUCCAAUAAUUUGUGACUUAAUCUCAGCCUUAUACUAUCUUCAUUCUAAUCGAGUGCUGCACAGAGACCUGAAGCCACAAAAUGUUUUGAUUACGGAAGAAGGUGUGGCUAAACUUUGUGACUUUGGGUUUGCUCGGAGUAUGAGCAGAGGAACACAUGUCCUAACAUCUAUCAAGGGAACACCUCUGUAUAUGGCACCUGAAUUGAUCGAGGAGAGUCCUUACGAUCACAACGCUGACUUGUGGUCCCUAGGGUGUAUUAUCUACGAGAUGCUAGUGGGCGCUCCACCGUUCACCACCAACUCUAUUCUGCAGCUGGUGCGCAUGAUCCGCUAUGAGCCUGUACACUGGCCACUGUACUUGAGCCCUCAGUGCAGAGACCUGCUACAAGGGUUGCUACACAAGGAUCCGUCCCACAGACUGUCGUGGCCUAGACUGCUGAAACACCCCUUCCUACAGGGGAAGGUCAGCGACUUAUCUGCUUCUGGAGUAUCUCUGCCUCUUACCAAGGAACUGAGCGCAUCCCAGGCUCUAGCUAAGGAAUCUCAAAAGCAAGAUUUAGUCCACAAGGCUGAAGUAGCUAAUCAAGGGCUGCCACAAAAGAUACAACAUAUAUUGGAUAAGGAGAAGAAGUUAUUAAGGGGUGAUGGUCUGACUGCCAUAGAUCUGGAGACAUUGGAACAGAAGCUGAGUAGACUACAGACUGUGGAGCCACAAGUAACGGAGCCUGAGGUGACGACCGUGUCUGAGGCAACACAGGAUGACCCACCCAGUGAGACUGACAGUGAGCGGAUGGCUACUCCACUAGAGGCGGAGGAAUGGUUAGUGUUUCUACAACAGAGCAUGAUGGAGGUUAUGCAAGGAGAUGUGGAGAGUAUGUCGGAGAAGAGUUUCAUCACUAUGGUUACCAAUGCACUCACCAACCACGGCGCAGCGCCCAAGAUCACAGAGUAUAUCGCUUGCCUGCUAGCGCUGCCGUACGUAGCACCGGGCGUCACAAAGUCUGAACUCCGUACGAUUACCAAGGUGUACAUAGAAGUGAAGGUGGUGUCUAGUCUGAUGUUUGCACUCAAGCUGUUGACCAAUCGUGCCGGCUGUUCUGCCAGUCAUGACAGUGUAUCGGAGCACAGCAAAGUGACAGUUGAUCAGCUGUUAGCUCUAGAGAGAGUGCUGGUGCUAGUCAAUCAGCUGGUACACUCAGACCAGGUGUUCCUCAGUCAGUUCUGUGAUGUUGUGGCAUUGCUACAUCUCGCUCCUAGACUGCAUUUGCUGUUAAAUUUCCACAAGUCCAAACCACGCCUAGCUUUAGACCUGGUGUCCAUAUUGACCCAUAUCCUGAGGCAGAUGCCAGAGAAUGCAAACCUUGUGGACAAUUGCGUCCAACCAGAACUAUCAACUGGUAUUGACUGGCACCUAGUGUUGAAGUUCGGCAACAAGACUCUGCAGACUCGCACGUGCCUGCUGCUGCAGUUGAUGGCUCGCUACUGUACGCAGACCGUGCAGUCUGCAUGGCACAUCAAGCUGCACAGGUAUAUAGAUGCACUACGCUUCGACUCUUCUCAGGACCUCAGAUGCGCAGCUGAAGAUGUAAUAGAAUUAGUUCAAGAUCUACCUUUCUUUGACCAGAUCAGUUCACAAUUGGAUGAUGAACUCCUUUAAAGUUGAUUGUGAACCAGAAAAGUUAAGAGUUUUUAACUUUGGUGAGAUUUCUAUUCAAUUACAUCUAAAAAAAAAAGACGUCGGAAGAGUUUGUUUUGUCAAAAUUCGCUUAUUCUAACGUAUCUGGACGGGAAACACUUCAUAAUUUUCAGAACUCUACUUGCAGUAGUAAAAGUCUGAAAGAACUCUCUAAGAUUGAUUUAACCUAAAUAAUUAGAGCACAAGGGUUUAUUAGGUUUUUCUGUGAGGAAAGCAGGCUUACCUGAAUGAGAAAGAGUCCAGAUAGGCUCAGGAUACACAACUUACACUAUACACAAACCACAAACCAUUCGAGUUGAACAAACUCAUGCCUUUUUUAUAUUCUACUAAUGUAUAGGUAGUGUUAAGUUGUGAGUAUUUGGCCAGUUUGGACUUUCCCCCAUUUAGGUAAGCCUGCUAUCCUUACAAAAACCCUAAUAACUAAUAAGAGGUUUGGACUAGAAUAAUCAAGUUAAGGGAAGUCGAGCAGAUGUUCAUUACAGUACUAUACCAUUAAUGUUACUCUAUUAAUUUGUUUUAUUUCAUUGAGGUCAAGUUGCUGCCACUCUUUACCUAUUUAGUUUUUUUUUCGAUAUACCUGAGGGCCUGAGGCUAGACUUAUCAACAUGUAGGUAGUGUACUUUGUAGAGCGUCCUUUGAGAUGUUCGUAAGUUUAAACUUUGUUUGUAAAUAUACCUGUGUGUAAAUUUAUUAGAACUGUGAUAUUAACAAAAUUUUAUUUAUAAAGUAGUUUAAAACAUUUUUACCCCUGUACAAAUUUUACAUGUUGAUAGUUACUGUUUGUGUAGAAAUGUAAUUUUACCUACGACCGUUUUUUAAACUAGCUUUUUCAAUUCAGUUCUUAAAAUUUAAAACAUACAGUUUACAGUAUUGUUUUGUUACUGUACAGUACAAUUUUUGACCAAUGAGGUUCAAGAAUUGAGAAAAAGUAGUAAAACUUUAAUACUUUGAACGUCAACUUAUCAGCUGUUAAGACCAAUUUAAUUGAUUAAACAAUUCAAUUCAAUUAUUUAAGAUGGGGACGCCACUAUGUGUGUAUUUUAACCCAAAUAUGAGUGAAGGAUGAGUGGCGCGAUCUUGUAGUCUUGUUAGUGACUAAGGCCGACAUGUUCCUGAGACACAGCUGUUAAUUAAUUAGCUAAUAGCAACUAAGGGACCUACAGUUUAUUGUGGAAUCCGAACCACAUUUUUUCCUCGAAAUUAACGAAUUGGUCUAAUUACUAGGAUAGUACUGCAGAUAGUCGUAGUACUCACUAGUGCGACAAUCAGCGAGUCGUUGGGACAAUAAGUCGUUGCAUCACAAUGAGUGGUAAUGAGAGGUUAUAAACGAAAAUUUUACCUCUCUAGAAGUUGUGAGUAGAGAUUUUUAGUAAUUAAGAAACGGUCUUAGGUAAAUUAGUGUAUGCAACUCGCCUAAUUAGCCUUUACAUAAGGACUAUCCUUAUGCAAUUUUUGCGUAAACUACUAUUUUCUUCGUGUUUUUUUGUUGUUUCUUGAGUUGUAUUAAAUGUAUUACAUGUUAAUACUUAGAUAUCAUGUUGUAAAUAUAUUUAGUCAAAUAUACC